AUGAGAAGUUAAGACAAUUCAAAAUUAAAUAUAAGUGUUCAAAUCAAAGAGAACAGUUUUAUUAAGGGACGUAAAUUAGACUCUUUUACUAAUACUCCUUUAGUAAUAAACUCUCGAGAACAUCCUUAAUAUGGGAAUAUAAUCAAGCAAGAAGAAAAUGAUAUAAUGUUGGGAAAUUUGAUCAAUCGUCCAACAAAAGCUAAAACUAAAAAGAAAAAAAAGAAGAAGGCGUUAAAUACUAAGCUUAGUGCGCCUGUGACUAAAGCAUCAUAAGAAAAGCUUGAUAAAACUAGUAAACCUAAAAAGGGUGUAAAUACUAGUAUGAAUAAGUUUUAAAAAUAAAAAAAAGUUAAUACAACUCCUCUAUUAAAUUGGGGAGUCAAUUAAGAAAGAUUAAAAAAUUAUUUUUUAAAUGAAUAAAUCAAAUAGAGAAAUGUUUAAGACAACAUGUUGAAAAGAGUUAAUAAAACUGAUUUGGAUAUUAAAUAAAGAAGAGACCAAUUAGGAGUUUCAUUUUUAAAUAAUAUUUCGAUGGAUAAAUUUAUUAAAAAGAAAAGUAAUUACUUUAAGUUUAUAUCAUUUAGAAUUAAAUAAAUCAAUGACUCCAACAAAAAAAGAUUUAAAUAAAUAAAAAUUUUAGAUCAACCAAGAAGAAAUAAGAAAAUACAAAGAUUUCAAAUAGAAAAUGAUAAUGAUAGCAAAAUAAGAAAUAAAAAAGAAAGAAUAUGAGAGACAAUUUAAAAUCCAUCAAAAUUUAUAAAAUCUCAAUGAUUAUAUUAGAUCAAGAAAUAGAAGUCUUUCUGUUGAAGAUACAAAAUAAAGAAGAAAGAACAGAACUUUAUCAACUUAUGGAAUAAUUUAUGAAGAUUAAAAGGAAAAUAUAAUAUCAGAUAGAUAUGAAUAAAAGAAAAAGAGAAAAGUUUUAUUGUAAUUUAAAAAUUAAUCAGAUAAAUCUAAAUUAUUAUAAUCAUCAAAUCAUGAAUCAAUGAGGUAGCCUUGUUCAUCAAUAUAUUAAUAUAUGAGUAAUUCAAGUAGUGCAAAUAUACCAAAUGAGAGUGAUCCUGAAUAAAAUUUUGCUAAUUUUGAUAAUAGUUUUUAUAGUUAAAAACUAAUUACUUUAGGAGAAGAUAAAGAUGAAUUACUGAGUUCAUAAAGAGAUUGGGAUGAAUAAGAUAUUAAAGAAAUUGAGGAGAUUAGAUCAAUUGAAUAAGCUGCAAGUAAAUAUAGUGAAAAAAGAUAAAUAUCUCAAACAGAUGAAUAAGCAGCAAUUAAAAUUUAAAAGGUUUGGAGAAAGUAUAAAACAAGAUAAAUCUUAAGUUAUUAUUAGGAUUAUUUUAAAAAAGAAGAAGAAUAAGCAGAAUUUAAUUUAAAUGAUUUACAUUAAAGUUAAAUUUAAGAAUUAUUAAAGAUGGGUUAUAUAAAGGUUGAUUCAAAAGGAUAAAUAUAAUUAAUUGAAAAAGAUCAAAGUGAAAAAUCUUCUGAUUCUUCAAUAAUGAAUAAGAAAAUAAAAACAAAUUGUAUUAAAUAAGAAGUAUCUAAACCAUAAAAAUAAAUUUUUGAUGCACAUGCCUAUUAAGAUUAUAUUGAAGGCUUUAGUGAUUCUAUCGAUAGUGAAGGAAAGAAAACUACAGAUAAAAAGUAAUUCUUAUCAGCUAUUUCAGAAUAACAAGAAAUGGAAAAUUGUAGAGAAAGUACUGAAAAGAAUUCAUUAAUUGUUAAUUAAUAAAUAACCUUCAAAAAGAAAAAAAGAUUAUCAAUUGAUGUUGAUGAAAUUGAAAAGGAAUAUUAGAAUUAAUAAUAAGUUGAAAUAGGAGAAAUUAGAUGUGCUAUUGGAUCUGAAUCUCUAAUUAAAAGUUUAUCUUAAGAAGAUUAAACAUUUAAUUAAGAUAAGAGCAUCUUUGAAUAAACAUCUUUCUAAGAUUUCGUUUAAGUUAAAUUCAAAGAGUUGAUGUCAAGAGAUAAAAUGGAUGAAUUGAUAGUAAUGAGAGAGAAAGUACUUGAAGAAAGACAUAAAUAAUAAAUUAAAACAAUAAAUGAAGCUUAUUAAAAAUAAUAAAUUUCUCCUAAGACUUAUGAUUAAUAAAAUAGAAAACUAGAAAAAUGGGUAACAAAAUAAAGAAAAGAUUUGGAGAAGAAAAAAAAUGAGAUUAUCAAAGGUUAAUAAAGCACAUAUGAGACAGUAAUGAAAACUCAAAGAGAUAUUCUAUUUAUGAAAUAAAUGUCUCAAUCUAAUUCACAAUCUUACAUUAAAAUUAUUGAUAGUUUUAGUUAAGAAUCUGUUUUAUAUUCAGAAUAAUCAUUAAGAAAUAGUAUUAUAGAUUUUCAAAAUUAAAAUUUUUAAUAAAUUUAACAAUAAUAACCAUAAAAAUCAUCUUUAUUAAGUGAAGAAGAUUUAAGUAAAUCAUAAAAUUUUGAUGAUGAGGUUAUUUUUAAAAAUAACUCAAGUCCAUCUAAUCACUAAUUUGCAGAUUAUGAACCAGAACCAUUCAAUCUGCAUUAAUUAGCCUAAUCUCAAGUCUUAAGAGUUUCAGAUAUUGUUAAAGACUAAUCUAAAAUGUCUGAAAAAUAAGCAGAAUCAUACUCUAUACUAAUUUCAAAUAUGUUGAUAGUAUAGGAAAUUUAGUUAUUAUGUUAAGAACUUGGUAGAAACAAUAUUGAUAUUUUUGAAUUAGUUACAAAAGCCUUAAUUAAUAGACCACCAUCUUAAUUAUAAACUUCUUAUGGAACAAAUUAAAAUAAAGGAUUUAAAACAGGUAUUCCAUAAGUCAAAAUUUAUUUAUCUCAUCUUACAGAAUUUAUGCUAUGUAAUUAUAAAGAUGAAGUGUUAACUAAAAUUAAUAUUCCCUUAGGACCUUCAUCAAAAGAUAUGUUGAAAUUCUUACAUCCUUUAUCUGAUUCAACCAUUGUAUCUGAUGAAGAUAAUAAUUAGAAUGAAAGUUAUUAGUAAAAUAUUAUUAUGACAGCAGAAUUAUUUGGAACUUUUGAGAGAUUUUUAUUAAAUGAAUAAAUAUUGAAAAGCCAAACAUCUUAAUUACUAGAAUUGGAACAUAUUCAUAAUAAAGCAAUUUUCGAUGCUUUGAAUGAAUCCUUAGAUUAUCAUAGACCUUAUGGAAUGGCAGGAUAACCUUAUUCUUGGAAAUCAGAUGCUGCUAGAUUACAAUUUCGAAAAAAAACCAUAAAUGAUAUGCCAAACAUAAUAAAGUCUAGUUUAGAUAAAGUUUUGGAAUGGUGUCAUUAUUUGGUUGGAUUUUUGAUUGAUAAAGAGGAUUGCCCAUAUCCUAAAAUUCUAAUGUUUGAUUAAGAAUGUUUGGCUUAAAUAAAAGAAGAUAGGAUGAUUAGAAUGCUAUCUGCAGAGGUAUUUAUUUAUUUUAAAUCUCUAGGUUAUUGAAAAUGAAGAUAAAUGGAUAAGUUAUGAUGAAGAAUAAACUGUUGUUGCAAUUGAUUUAUCAGAUAUGAUUUUUGAUCAUUUACUUGAAGAAUUACUUUAAGAAAUUCAUUGA